AUGAACUUUAUCUGGCCUCCAGAAGGCGAUUUUGGUGUCAUUGCUAAAUUAGCUUCUCAGGAAGCUGUCAACACGUUCGAUACACUCAUUUUCGAUUGGGAAUCACCUUUCGACGCGGUACGGUUAAUUCUUGUAUGCUUGGAACACGGAACCAACAUCUUCGAAUCAAACAGCACACAGCCUUUCAACAGUGGUCCGUACGAGAUUGGCGAUGUUUGGGGUAUUUCUUCGCUAGAUUUCCUCGGUCUGUCUGAUUAUGCAACGUACCCAACGUCAUGCGAGAUCGUACCAAAGGAUUGGGAGGCAACGGAUGAUCCGCCUGAUCUUGGGUUCAACGGUACAACGCAGUAUGGCACCAUCGGCCAUUUGUUCUUGGUCACGAGCAACGAUGCGACGUCAACGACAUAUGAACCUACCAGGUCUACAGCUACUGGAAUUGAAGCAACUACAACCGAGACAUCUGAAGCCAGUACAUCCACCACCUUCGAAUCUUCGGCAGAGCCAAGCUCAACAACCUUUUCCAGCACGAGCUCGACAGCUUUCUCUACACUCGCAGUAGUGAACACCAACACCACCAGCUCCGCAAACCAGCCCACCACACCCCCUCCACCAUCGACCUCCUUCACCACACCCGAAACGACCAUGUUCUCCGCCUCACUACCGAUAACAGACCCUCUAACACUAUCCUCUCAACCAACACCCUCGCCCUCACCCACCACUCUCCCACCCCUCAACAUCCCCCUAGAAAUCGGUCUUGGAGUAGGCAUCUCACUCGGCAGUCUCAUCUUCAUCGCGCUAAUCAUCCUGAUCUUCCUCCGGCGCAAGAAAUCCCGACGACGACGACAAUGCAAAGUUGAGGAGAAAGAUAUGAUGAUUAUGACUCCUUCGAGGGCGACGGCUGGGCUGAAGAGUGAAUUACCUGCUUAUGCUGAGAAGGCGGAGGAGAAGAGGUUGUUUGAGGUGUGUGAUGGGGGGGAGGGGAGGAGGGAUAGAUGGGAGCUUGAGAGUCCGAGGAGUGGAGGUGUGGAGGGGUUGUUGCUGGGUGGUGGUGGUGGGGGAGAGGGAGGGCGGAUGCAUGAGUUGGAUGAAGGUCGUGGUGAAGCACGAUGGUACCGCAGUCGUUGA